UGUUUCAUUUUAUUCUUUAACAAUUGACAUUACACAAAAAUACUUCUUCACUAUAUAAUUAGUUGCCAGUUGGAUAAUUGAUUCGUGAUUAUUGAUUAUGAUUUGUGACCGUUUUAUUGUUAUCAGCACUAAUUUUUGCUACUGAUACAUAGUUAAAUCUGCAUUAAGUACUUCAUUGGUUACUAAAAAUUAUACAAGAAAAUGGUUCAUGUUUACCCAAAAACUUUAGAUACAAAAAUUCUGAAUGAAAUCUAUAUUAACAAAAACAGUGUUGAUGCACAAGUUGAGAAAAUUCUUAACCAGUUUCCAGUAUCAAAUCCUAUAAAUAAGGAUUGGCUGUACAGAGUUAUUUCUAUGAUAGAUUUAACAACCCUUGGUGGUGAUGACACCCGUUCAAAUGUUGUCAGACUGUGCAAUAAAGCUGCCAAUCCAUUAGGAGUAUAUCAAAACGAAAUAAAAGUUAAAACAGCAGCAGUAUGUGUUUACCCUAACCGAAUAAAAGAUGCCUAUGAAACCAUUUCAAGAUUGAAUCUUAAAAAAGAUAUUCAAAUUGCCUCAGUGGCAACAGGCUUUCCUUCUGGACAAUAUCCUUUAAGCACACGCUUACAGGAAAUAAAGUUUGCUUUAGACAAUGGAGCUACUGAGAUAGAUGUAGUAAUAGAUAGAAGCCUCGUCCUCAUGGGGGAGUGGGAAACAUUGUAUGAUGAGUUACUUCAGAUGAGGAGGGUGUGUGGGAGAGCACACUUAAAAGUUAUCCUUGGAGUGGGAGAACUCGGUUCUUAUGAAAAUGUUUAUAAUGCAUCCAUGGUGUCAAUGAUGGCAGGAGCCGACUUUAUAAAAACUUCCACAGGAAAGGAGGCUGUGAAUGCUACUUUACCAGUGGGAUUAGUGAUGUGUCGUGCUAUAAGAAACUAUUAUCUGAUGACUGGAACUAAGGUGGGCUUGAAACCCGCUGGUGGUAUCAAGACAUCCAAAGAUGCUGUUAAUUGGCUGACAUUGGUUUAUAAUGAAUUAGGACAAGAGUGGCUCUCUCCAAAACUCUUCCGCAUCGGUGCGUCCAGUCUACUUGAUGUUAUAAUCAGGGACAUACAAAAAGUUCAGUGAUAACAUUCAAAAAUAAUUAUAUUGCAUUCAUCUAUGUACAUACUAAUAAUUUUUUAUUACAUGUUAAAAGUUUUAUACUAUAUUAGAUUUUUUUAUACUUCAAAGUGUGAAAAAUAUUGAGUCAUAUAUUUUUAUAUAUUUGUUACAUACAACUUUAAACGCUUAUAUACAUGUAUAUAAAAAAUACUUUUUCAAUAUAUUAUUAAAAAUA